AUGUCGGACGAUGACGACUUCAUGCAAGACUCCGGCGAGGAGGAGUAUGACUUCGAAUACGAGGAUGACGACGACGAGGAGAGUGGCGACGUCGACAUCGAAAACAAGUACUACAAUGCAAAGCAGCUCAAGGCCGACGACCCCGAGGCGGCCAUAGAUGAAUUCCUGGGCAUGCCUGCACUGGAGCAGGAAAAGUCGGAAUGGGGCUUCAAAGGGUUGAAACAGGCCAUCAAGCUCGAGUUCAAGCUGGCGCGCUAUGACAAGGCAGUUGAGCACUACAAGGAGCUCCUCACCUAUGUCAAGUCUGCUGUGACGCGCAACUAUUCGGAAAAGUCAAUAAACAACAUGCUCGACUUUAUAGAAAAAGCCGCAGAAGACGCCGACGCCUAUCGGUGCAUGGAGAACUUCUACGCCCUCACCUUAGACAUCUUCCAGAGUACCAACAACGAGCGGCUGUGGCUCAAGACCAACAUCAAGCUCGCUCGGCUAUGGUUGGACAGGAAGGACUAUCGUCAGCUUACCGAGAAGCUCCGCGAGCUGCACAAGGCCUGCCAGCGGGAAGACGGCACCGACGACCCAAGCAAGGGCACAUACUCGUUGGAGGUCUACUCGCUCGAGAUUCUUAUGUAUGCUGAGACUAGGAAUAACAAGCGAUUAAAGGCUCUCUAUCAGCGAGCACUCAAGGUCAAAUCAGCAGUUCCACAUCCCAAGAUUAUGGGCAUCAUCCGCGAAUGCGGUGGCAAGAUGCACAUGAGCGAAGGCAAGCACAACGCACAUCCAUGUCACGCAAAGAACUGGAAGGGGGCACAGAGUGAUUUCUUCGAGAGUUUCAAGAAUUAUGACGAGGCUGGCUCGCUUCAACGCAUCCAGGUGCUCAAGUACCUGGUUCUUGCCACCAUGCUCUCGGGUUCGGAUAUCAAUCCGUUUGACUCGCAGGAGACGAAGCCGUAUCAGAACGAUCCACGCAUCUCGACCAUGACUGACCUGGUCAAUGCUUAUCAGCUGGAGGAUAUUCACGGAUACGAGAAGAUUCUGCAAAACAACCGUGACUUGCUCCAGGAUCCCUUUAUUGCCGAGAACAUUGACGAAGUGACGCGCAAUGUGCGCACCAAGGCGAUUGUGAAGCUGGUUGCGCCGUACACGCGGUUUACCCUAGCCUUUAUCUCGAAACAGCUCAAGAUAUCACUGUCUGAAGUGCAAGAGAUUGUAGGGUUCCUGAUUGUUGACAAGCGGUUACGCGGCAAGAUCAACCAGCAGAACGGAACGGUGGAGAUUGAGAGUAGCACAGACAUGGAUCGGGUGCAGGCGAUCAAGGAAUGGAGCAGCGCCAUCGGAGUGCUGUGGCAGACGGUGCUAAACGAGGGCGAGGGAUUCAAGUCUGACGAGAGUGGGUCCCAGUUCACUCCUGGCGGGGCUCCAGGUAUGGGGUGGAACCAAGGCUCCAUGGGAGCCAAGUCAGGGCGACCAAAGGGCAAGGGCCCAGGACGCCAGAUGGGCAUGGUGAGUAAAGGAUGA